AAGAGAGAUACGAGGUUCUCUUGGUGGUCCAGAUUAUUAGCCCAAUCUGUGUCUGGGCAUCUGUGUACUGCCGCCUAGCGGAGAGGAUGUCGGUUUUUACAAGUAUAACUGGAGUCGGCGGGUAAUCUGAGGGUGAUGAUGGUGGGUUAACGUGUCAACCGGGAGUUUGGGAAGCAAUUAGGAAUGCUGCUGUAGGAGAGGACAUCCUCUGCUUUACUGUUAAAGCCAGACUACAGAUGGAGAAAGAGCUAGAGAAGUUUCUACUGGAGCAGAAGUUGAAGAUGGCUCAGGACAAAGCCAGGCUGCUGCAAGACCCCCCCUACAUGGAGAUAAGGAGGAGAGGCAUGAGAGGCGAUGGGUUGAAAGAAAACAUCCUGUCACAGAGGACGAGACAAAACCAAGAGAAGUGUGUGGGUUUCCUACCAUUAGGAGAGGAGUACGAAAGAAAGAAACACAAACUACAACAGGAGCUGAGACAGGACUACAGGAAGUACAUGACACAGAAACAGUGUCCUAGGACUACAGGCCCAUCCACUGACAGAGUGCCUCCCAAGAUGAAAGAUGCUGCUACUCUUACCGACUCUGUCACACACCCGCACACACACACACACACACACACACACCCGCACACACACACACACAUGCGCCACGUGGGGGCGGAGUCAGACGAGUCCAGUGAGGUGGAGCUUCAGCUCAAACCCAGGAGACGCCACCGUCAGCAGAGGGAGAGGGAGCUGGAUAUCAGGACUGGGAGAGCCUCAGAGAAACAGUGGGUAAAACAGCAGGGGCUGUUGAGAAGUCACCAUGGGGAUGAUGGUUACCACGGGGAUGAUGGUUACCAUGGGGAUGAUGGUGACUGUAGUGACGAGCUCCAUGGCGACACGGAGGGAGAGGGGGAGUGGCCUCCCCCACAGGAACCCCGCUUGGCAUUCCAGUCACCCCACCUAGACCACAGAGUGCAGUUUGUCCCUCACGCCCCUCCGUCCGUGAGGUCACCAUAUGAUGAUGCGUACACGUACUACUCCUCGCGACACCCUCUCAGUCCCCACCAUGGCUCAGUCCCUCUGCUGCCUCCUGGAGGAAUUUCUCUGCCCAGACAUGAACAGAGAGAAGCCAAUGCACAUGAUGGUGUCUCUGGACUUGGGAAGAAACCCACUAAAGACACCGACAUCAGCUACAGAGACGCCCUCAGGCAACAGAUUGAGGAGAGAGCCCUGUGCAGGCAUGUUGACCGUGAGCAGAGACGUGAGCAGGAGGCCCGUGACAAGGCAGCCUUUAGGACCCAGCAGCCCUGGGGCCGCGGCGGAGGAGGAGCCCCGCUCAGAGACAGCACAGGGAACCUCAUCACUGAUCUGAAUCAGAUGCACCGGCUGAAUGAAAAAGCUUACAUGAACGCCAGCAGGACACAAAGAAUCCCAGGUAUUACACGUUCACACACACCGCAGUUCACUGAUCCUCCGACAAGCAGUCAGCAGCUGGAACAGGACAAGUACAAAGCCUACCUCAAACAGCAGUUUAAGAUAUUAAAUCUCUCCAGUUGA